AUGGGCACAGAGACCAGAUUGUCGCUGAGGAAGUCCAUGACAACGGCGGAAAAACAACCUUUCUUUGAAGACGCCGCGAAGCAGAAAACCUUCAAGGAGGCCAUGCCGGCUUGCUCUUUCUACAUGAACCUCGGGCAGCCUCCUGUGCAGGAACGUCGAGCAGAGGCACUCGGUGUGGAGAAUGACGUGACGAUGGACAACGGGCCGGAGGUCCAUGAUGAUGCGAGCCGCUGUGUGGGAGAACCCCAACCGGAGCCCGUGCAAAUGGCUCACAUCAGCAACCGCUUGGAGGUCAUGGAGGCCUUGGGCGAAGGAGGGUAUGGCUUGGUGCACCGGGUGAGGGACCGAUAUACGGGAGUGUCCUAUGCCUGCAAGUUCCAGCAGCCUGAGGCAUCAUGUUCCGAAGCCACGGGGGCGAGCAUCAUCACAGAGGACGAAUAUCUUCGCCGAAGCGCGCACCCUCAUGUGAUUCGUACCUUUGGCCUGGUCUCCCGGCCCAACAAUUCCACGAAAGGGGUUGGACUGCUGAUGGAGCUUGCAGAAGGCUGUUUCGUUUACCAUUGCCGCGAGUCCAUGCCGGCUUUCAGCAAGUCAUGGGGAUAUGUGCAUCAGAUAUUACAAGGUCUCAGCUACAUCCAUGCCAACCGCAUCUUGCACCUCGACUUGAAACCACACAACGUACUUGUUUGCAAAGCCAGUGAUGGAAGUGCGAUCUUGAAAAUUGCGGACUUUGGGCUGGCCGUGAAGCUGCCCGGUGACCAGCUCGGAGUCAUGCUUCCUGGACGAGAAGUGUGCACACAUAACUACAGGCCUCCUGCAGCAAUGAUUGCUGGCUCGAGCAAGGUUUCGGUGACGGCGUCCACAGAUGUGUUCGCAAUGGGCUGCCUGGCUUUCUUUGCCUUCAGUGGGGGGCAUUCCUUGCUCAAGGAGAACUACAAAGAACAUGUCCUCGCAGCAUCGGCCGCUGGACGUGUGCAGAAGCUGCUGGAUGAAAAGCUUGCUUUGAGAGCGAAGCAAUGUCUGCGCCCAAACCACGAGCGUUCUCAGCCAUCUCAGAUAACUUUUGUCUCCAAGUGUGUUCGUGCAACAUGCCGGGAGCGAGAAACAGUUCCGGCAUUGCUUGUGCGAUGCCAAUUGGCAUUGGAAAACCUCGUCCGGACAUGA